AUGUCCCCUGGAGGGAAGAAGAGUCGGGCUCGGAGUCCACAGGAACUUUAUGACGAAAUAAAAGAACUCUUGAUCAAGACAAAACCAAAGCUAAAGGACGGAACUACCAGGGAUGAAACCAUAACGAGGGAGUUACAUAAGAUCGCAUCGCUUGCACAGACAUUCACAGAACAGCGCCUAAAGUUGAGCAAAAAGAGCCAGUUAUCAGAUUUCCUUGAUCAGGAAGGUUCGUAUCAUUUUCGGCAUCUGUGCGAACAAACAUGA